GUCUGCGCACACGCUUUCCUCGCUCACCCACGCGUUCGGGCUCCGAGGUUGGUAGCUGGACACCAGACCUGGGCGCGGUUGAGUAGCCCCUUUGGGCCGACGCUCCUUAUCUCCCAGUCCUUUUUGCCCCAGGUAACAGUCUGGGACCAUGUCUCGAGACCUCCAGGAUGUGGAUCUUGCGGAGGUGAAGCCUCUGGUGGAGAGAGAGGAGACCAUCAGUGGCCUCCUGCAAGAAUUCGAUGUUCAGGAACAGGACAUUGAGACUUUACAUGGUUCUGUCCAUGUCACUGUAUGUGGAACCCCGAAAGGAAACCGUCCGGUCAUCCUCACGUAUCAUGACAUUGGCAUGAAUCACAAAACCUGUUACAACCCUCUCUUCAAUUCAGAGGACAUGCAGGAGAUCACUCAGCAUUUUGCUGUCUGCCACGUGGAUGCCCCUGGGCAGCAGGAUGGAGCAGCAUCCUUUCCGGUGGGGUACAUGUAUCCCUCUAUGGAUCAGCUGGCUGAAAUGAUUCCUGGAAUUCUCCAACAGUUUGGACUGAAAAGCGUGAUUGGAAUGGGAACUGGAGCUGGAGCCUACGUCUUAACUCGGUUUGCUCUAAACCACCCAGAGAUGGUGGAAGGACUUGUCCUCAUCAAUGUGAACCCUUGCGCUGAAGGGUGGAUGGACUGGGCAGCGACCAAGAUCUCUGGGUGGACCCAGGCUCUUCCUGAUAUGGUGGUGUCUCAUCUGUUUGGGAAGGAAGAAAUGCAGAACAACAUAGAGGUGGUACAUACCUACCGCCAUCAUAUCAUCAAUGACAUGAACCCAAGCAAUCUCCAUCUCUUCAUUAAUUCCUACAACAGUCGCCGGGAUCUAGAAAUUGAGCGUCCUCUCCCAGGAACCAAUGCUGUUACUCUACAGUGCCCUGCAUUGUUAGUGGUUGGAGACAAUUCACCUGCGGUGGAUGCUGUGGUGGAGUGCAACUCUAAACUGGAUCCAACCAAGACCACCCUUCUAAAGAUGGCAGACUGUGGAGGCCUGCCACAAAUUUCUCAGCCAGCCAAGCUUGCAGAGGCUUUCAAGUACUUUGUGCAGGGAAUGGGAUACAUGCCCUCUGCCAGCAUGACGCGCCUUAUGAGGUCCCGCACAGCCUCUGGCUCCAGUGUCACCUCCUUGGAAGGGAACCGCAGCCGCUCGCACACCAGUGAGGGGACCCGCAGCCGCUCGCACACUAGCGAGGGCACCCGCAGCCGCUCCCACACAGAUACCCGCCUCGAGAUCACUCCCAACUCUGGGAGCUCUGGGGACAAUAGUGGGCUCAAGUCCAUGGAAGUCUCCUGUUAGACGAGGGAGCCCCUCAGAGUCCAGCUUCUCCCUCCUGGCUCUGAUCUGAACUCGGGUUUAAGUAGCUGCCUCCUUUCCCUCCUCCCCCAGCCCCACAUCCCACCCCUCCUAUAUCACACUGCACAUAACUUGGUAUUAAUCCAAAGCUUAUUUUUGAGGGUGAGCUCUGGUGAGAACAGAGGGAGGUGGAUUGAGGGAGAGUCAUUUCAAUGUUGGAGGGGUUGGGGGCGUGGAAAGAUGGGGACCGAUUUAAAGCAAGUCACUAGAGGGGGGUCUCUUGAUUAAAUUGUUCACAAAGUUCUGGUCGCUGCUGUGUUCUCUCACAUCAGUCUUGAAGAGAGGCAUUUUGCCCCCCAAAAAAGAUAGAAGAGAAGAACCUCUUUGUAAAAAAACAAACCUUUAGGCUGGCCUGAUUAGCAAGUUAUAUUAGCCUUUGGUCAAAGGUAUAGGCCUGUCUAGUAACUGUUUCUUUGCAGAAAAAGGAAAAACUGACCCAGUUUGUAAUAAUAAGCAACACUACUAUUUGGAUGUAGGGAGGGACUGUCCAGUGCAUUGUGGGUGACUUUUUUUUUUUUUUAAUGAGGGAAAAUGAUAAAGCUCACAUUUACACUGGCGGGCUUUUGUUUUUUUUGUUUUUUUUUGGUUUUUUUUUUUUUUGCAAACUUAAACUAUCAUAACUGUAGAUACUUUAAAAUUACAUUGUGCAUUUAUAAGCCUUUUAAUUUUGAAGCAUAAAACCCAUUUUCUUCCUGAGACCAUUAACGUUCGAUCAAAAUAGUUAAUGUAAAUAUAAGGCUUUAAACAUGAUGAAAGUUAUUGACAGGCUUUUUUCACGUUUGUGGGAUUUUGGCCUUGCUACACCUUUCCUUAAAAUAUGGUGAGAAACCUUCCUUUUUUCUUUGAUUCCCACCUUCCUUAAAAGGAAUCUUCAUUCCUUGGCAAUUUCACGGGGAAGAGUUUCAUGAUACAAACUGACAUGCGUUUCUCCUCCCUGGCCCUCAGUUUCCUCAUCUGUGAAAUAAUGAUCUCUAAAGUUCCUUCUAACACUGAUGGCUCAUUGUUUUUCAGUUUCAUGCUUCCAAGCCCCUUCCAGCUGAAUCUAUGAUUUUAAUUUCAUUUAUAUGAAUAAUGGGGAAGAGUUGUCAUAGUGCAUAAUCUUUCUGUGGCCUAGGUGCCUAAUGGUUGUAGUACUCUAACCAUGCCUAAAAACCGGGGAGAAGAAAGAAGAGUUGUUGUGGUUCUUCACAUUGAUCAGAAUGCAGUCCUCUGCAAUUCCAUAAAGGAAUAUUCUAGCAUCAGCUUGGCUAAAGAAAGCAACUCCCCCUCCAUCCCCAUUCCUUCCUGGGGGGAAAAAAUAAAUAACACUCUGGAAUCUUGUAUCUUCAAAAGAAUUUACCUCUCAAUUCUAUUGUAAAAAAUAAGUGUUAGAAUGGUGGUGUUACCUAUAAGAAGAUAGCUGUGCAUUUUGACUUUGGCUUAAUCUUGUUAACUUGUUUAGAAAUCAUUUCGGAAAAGAGGGCUUUUGGUCAAAAGAUAGGCAGAGAGAACCCUUGUGGGUGGGGGUGGGAUGGGGGAGUGAUGGGAGCUGUAAAAUGUAAGAUUCCGAAAUUCCUGCAUUUUUUUCAAUUAACUCCCCUCCAUCUUUUUGGAGAAAACAUUGUCAAACAGAACAACUGAUUAUGAUGUUUUUUGUUGUUUUUUUUUUGUGAACUGCUGGCUUAUGGACCUAUGCUUUUAGCUAAUUAUGAAUUUUCCUAUUGGAAUGUUGAUCAUUGUAAUUCAGCCUGUAGGGCCCGGUCAUUUGAUACCCAGGCACUUCAGAGUUGGUAGAAAGUAUAUUUUUAGAGGAUGACCUGCCUGGGGUGAUGUUGCUUGACUUGCCAGAGCUUCGGAGGCUUCACACGGUCAUUGGGCAGAAGAGUUGGUGAGGGAGGCAGAAGUGACUGAGAACCAGUGGUGGACAGUAGGAAUGCCAAGUAUUUCCAGAAAGGUUUCUUAAUGAGAUAUUUGUAUUUAUUUCCAAACCAAUAAAUUUGUAACUUUGCAA